CAAAAGCCCCACUCUCUAUCUUCACCUAAAUUAAACUAUGGAUGGAGAAGGAGAUGGACAUCGUCACCACUUGGAGUUUAGUCCGCUUCUCAUCGGCCUUCUCGGUAUACUAGCAGGUGCCAUGAUGGUCGCCACCUACCACUGCAUCUCUGCUGGUUGCCGCUACAGAAGAGGCAUUCAGAACCUUCAAACUAAUACCCAACAAGAAAGGCCAAUCAGGCCCAGGAAUGUAAACGCCACUGCACGUAUAUUUAGACGAGCGCCAGUGGUCAAGUACACAAAAGGAGGAGACGAAGGAGUCGUUUGUGCUGUGUGUUUGUGUGAGUUCACUGAAGGCGAGGAUAUUAGGGUAUUGGCAGACUGUGCUCACUCGUUUCAUGUGGCCUGCAUUGACAUGUGGUUGCAUUCGCACUCUAAUUGCCCUCUUUGUAGGGCUGAGACGGGGCAGCGUCCCUCGCAUUUGGCCUUGACAAUGCCGGAAUCCGGUGGAGUGGCACUGCCACAGCAGGAAGCAGAUAACAGUACUGUGCCGGAUCAUAUUGGAGCAUCGACAAUUGAGUUUGGCCGUAUUCAAAUAUCCAUCAAUACUAAUCGGACCAAAGAGAUAAUGCCACUUGGCAGCGAAGCUGGUUUUGCAGCUGUAACCAUGAAAUGGCCAGUCAAUUUUGGUUGGUCUCUUUUUUCGGAUAAGAAAAGAAGUAAAGUGAAAUUCAUCGGAUGCCAUAAAACACACCCGAGAAAAGAGUCAAAGCUGCUUGAUUGGUUUUGUUCAAAUGGGGUUUAUCCGAUCCCAGCACAGACAAGGCAAUUAUUUGAUGGGGACAAACGCAAAAUCAAACUAGAAAGAGAGUGA